UGGUGCAGAUUAAACGUCACGUCCGUACUUGAACUUGAAUUUUAUCCCAUUGUACAGAGGCAGACCUAGCCACAGAGAGACAGAGAGCUCCCAGAGAACCAGGACUCCGCCAUCUUCACAUUACAAUUAAAUAGUAAUAGCCAACAGCACAGCCCUGGCUCAGCAAGUCGUCCCAGUGGCAAGUGGAGCAGCGCAAAGUGCUGGGCGCUACAUUCCAGGGCAGAGCCAGUGUAACUGCAAGGAGACUCUCUCUGACAGUCCCCCCUAAAGCAGCCGGGUCAAGCCUCCCUUUUUGGCAUUAUUUGGGCAAUCGUAGUUUUUUUUUUUUUCCUUUUUAAAUUAUUACCAUUUCUGUUUGGUUCCUGAUUUUGCGCAUUGAUGGAAGAAGUGCCGCGCGCUGUGGACAUAGGACGAGUGGACACGAGAUCAGCCAAUUCCUAAUAAGUUGAAGAUUGGAAGUGGAGAAACUAGUGCCCUCCUUGUUUGAUUUCUUGCUGAAAGGAGGACGCUUAUUGCCUUUCCUUGUCUUGCACAAGACACAAGAAGAAGAAGAGAAUAAGAGAGAGGAGGAGAGGAGAAGAAGGAAACGUGGGGGUGGAAGGAGAGCAGGUCGCCUUUACGCACAACCGAUCUCCGGGCGAUGCCAGUUUAAAUGCCAGGGCAAUGUCCCGUCGCAAGCAGGGAAACCCGCAGCACUUGUUACAAAGGGACGUUAUCGCACCACAAGACCACCACCACCACCUUGAAACAGUGAUCACAGAUGAGGAAGAGGCUAUCGCCAUCCCAGAGCCAGGAGCCAUCAGCCUCAACAGCAGUGGGAGUGACCCAGACUUGUUAACAUGUGGACAGUGUCAGAUGAACUUUCCUCUGGGAGACAUCUUGGUUUUUAUAGAGCACAAGAAAAAACAGUGCAGUGGCCCAAGUGGGGUCUGUUAUGAGAAGAGGAUGGAUAAAAGUAGCCCUCCUCCUUCAACUCGAUCUGAGCUCAGGAAAGUGGCCGAGCCUGUGGAAAUCGGCAUCCAAGUCACGCCAGAUGAGGAAGACCGUCUUCUUACGCCUACAAAAGGGAUUUUCCCCAAGCAGGAGAAUAUUGCAGGUAAAGAUGAGCCUUCAAGCUAUAUUUGCACAACAUGCAAGCAGCCUUUCAACAGUGCAUGGUUCCUGCUUCAGCAUGCUCAAAAUACACAUGGAUUUCGUAUCUACCUGGAAACAAGCCCAUCUAGUAACUCUCUUACUCCACGUAUCACCAUUCCUCCACCUCUGGGACCGGAGACUGUUGUACCAUCCCCUCUGAUGAACUUCCUUGGGGACAAUAAUCCCUUCAACCUUUUAAGAAUGACAGGGCCUAUUCUACGUGAUCACCCAGGCUUUGGUGAGGCUCGACUCCCAAACACGCCACCACUUUUUAGCCCACCCCCACGCCAUCAUCUGGACCCGCAUCGCCUUAGUGCCGAAGAAAUGGGGUUAGUUGCCCAGCAUCCUAGUGCCUUUGACAGAGUUAUGCGUUUAAACCCCAUGACAAUUGAAUCUCCAGCAAUGGAUUUUUCCCGAAGGCUAAGAGAACUAGCAGGGAACAACUCCACUCCUCCAGUGUCACCGAACCGCGGCAAUCCUAUGCAUCGCCUGUUAAACCCUUACCAGUCAAGCCCUAAGUCACCUUUUAUUAGUACACCACCAUUGCCACCCAUGCCCCCUAGCAGUACUACUCCACCACAAACCCAGACAAAGAGUAAAUCCUGUGAAUUUUGUGGGAAAACUUUCAAGUUCCAGAGUAAUUUAAUUGUUCACCGACGCAGUCACACGGGAGAAAAACCUUAUAAGUGUAAGCUGUGUGAUCAUGCAUGUUCCCAAGCAAGCAAGUUAAAACGUCACAUGAAAACGCAUAUGCACAAAGCUGGUUCAAUGACUGGAAGGUCUGAUGAUGGACUGUCUGCUACUAGCUCACCAGAGCCAGGCACAAGUGAGCUAACAGGAGAGGGUGUGAAAUCCAAUGAGACAGAUUUUAGAAAUGAGAGUGACCCAUCUUUAUGCCAUGAAAAUGAAGAAGAAGAGGAAGAAGAAGAAGAAGAGGAGGAGGAGGAGGAAAUAGAGAAUGAAAGUAGGCCAGAGUCAAGGUUCAGUAUGGACUCUGAAAUGAGCCGCAAUCGUGAAAAUGGAGCAAAGCCAAUCCAUGAUGAGAAGUCCCUUGUUCUUGGAAAAGUUAUGGAUAAUGUAAAUUUAGCAAGCAUGCAGGCAUAUAAUGAUAUGCUACAUGAAAAACAUAAGAGAAGUCAUUUCAUGAAACGAUCUUCUGAUCCGCGAGAUUUAUGUCAGAGAAUUCCAGUGCAUGAAGAUACAGUGGAAAGAGAAAUGAUCCCUAAUGAUGAAGGGACAGUCAAUGGAAAUUUUGGACCAGGUGAACCAUUUCCAGUCUUGCUCCCACGAAAACCGAUGCCCAUUACUAGUUCUGGACUAAACAACUCAUCAAAAAGGAUAAAAAUUGAGAAAGAUCUAGAUUUACCCCCAACAUCAAUAAUCCCUUCAGAAAAUGUUUACUCCCAGUGGCUAGUAGGAUAUGCAGCAUCAAGGCACUUCAUGAAGGAUCCAUUUCUAGGAUUCACAGACUCUCGACAAUCUCCUUUUGCAACCUCUUCUGAGCACUCUUCAGAAAAUGGAAGUCUGCGGUUCUCAACACCACCAGGUGACAUGCUGGAUGGAGGUUUCUCAGGGAGAAGUGGGACAGCGAGUGGUGGCAGCACACCUCAUAUCAGUGGACCAGGGCCUGGCCGACCAAGUUCAAAAGAAGGAAGAAGAAGUGACACAUGCGAAUACUGUGGCAAAGUGUUUAAGAACUGCAGCAACCUCACGGUCCACCGCAGAAGCCACACUGGGGAACGGCCUUACAAAUGCGAGCUCUGCAACUAUGCAUGUGCCCAAAGCAGCAAGCUGACACGCCACAUGAAAACGCAUGGCCAGAUAGGUAAGGAGGUCUACCGCUGUGACAUUUGCCAGAUGCCCUUCAGUGUUUACAGCACCCUGGAGAAACACAUGAAAAAAUGGCAUGGAGAACACUUGCUGACAAAUGACGUCAAAAUUGAGCAGGCAGAAAGAAGCUAAGGCCCCCUAUAUGGGUUUAAUCAGGGGUCUGGGUAUCCAUUAAAUUUGUACAGAUUUAACUAUUGCCAACUGAGAAAAGCUGACCUAACUUGCCUCCUUAAAAUAGCAUAAAUAUGUUAAGUGUCACAAAUGUGACACUUAAAAUAUAACCUGUGUCUAAAUUUCUAUUAAAUCUGAGGGUUGUAUAAGGCAGUAAAACUUGUGGAGCCUUUUAACUGUGCAAUAAUUUCUGUAUUUAUUGGGGUUUUAUUUGUAAUUUUGGCAUGUGCAGGCAUUUCUUUUUUCCCCUUGCUGUUUAAAUUUCUUCUUUUACCCUUGUUCUAAUGUGCUAAACUCUCUUUUUGGGCUUCAGGGGCUACCAACCUGUCCAAUUACUGCGCUGCCAUACCCCUCCAGAACUAAAGGGAUUUAUUAUCUAUUCCUUAACCCAAUAGUAGCCUGAGAUCCUUAUCCUUGUAGGGAAGAGACAUAUCUUAAAUUAUCAUUUUGUGGGCUGCUACAAUUCCUGAAAUUUAAGCUAAACUUUUGUAAUUUCUUGCAAAGAAGCCAUCAGCUGUUUGAUUUAAAUUAUUUGAAAUGUUAUUUUACCUAUGCUAAAAUAGAGGAAUUCUCAGCGGAUUACAAUCUUCGAAAUAUUAGCACUUAAUUAUAUGGCGUGAUAGGAUCUUGUAUACAGCAAAUACAAUUUAACUUGCAAUGCCUCAAUUUUGCUUUUCUUGAGGAUUAAAAAGCCACAGUCUCUAAGAAUAUGCAACAUUUAGCAAUGACACAAAAUGUCUUUGUAUCUCAAAAUGUCUUUCCUAUAAUUAUUUCAUAGUAGAAUUAGUGCUGCACAGGUAGUAUAAAAAAUAUACAUUUAGUAGAGUAAAGAUACAGCCUGACGAUGUCAACUUAACCCCUUUUUACUGCCAGGGUUACUUGAAUUUCAUUGUUGAACAAUGGAUUUCUGGUUACGCUUGCAGAGAAAAAUGUUAAGUACUGUGGACCAUUUUUAACAUAGGAUGCACCUACAGUUGUUUGCAGAUGAAUAAUGUUGAAAACUGUUAUUUAUUCUAAAUAAUGCAAGUUAAAAUGAUGACACCUGCUUUUAAGAUCCUUUUUCCAUUUUUCUUUUCUUUUUCUUUGCGUGCACCAGGAGGACAGCAGAGAAGAAAAGGUUACCCAUUUUAAUUAUGUCGACCGCACUUUAUAAUUUUUUUUUUUUUUUUUUUUUUCUCAUUUAAAUGGCUUCUAAACAAGAAAUUACAGCAUAUUCUCCUACUCAACCCAUUGGUGGGUGACCUCUAUAAGGGAACAUCUGAGAUUAAGUGUCAGUGUUGCUAAGCAUGGCAUUCACAAUGCUGGCACUAUAAAAAGAUAUAUAUAAAAAUAUAUAUAAUUUAUUGGACGGUUUGUCUACUGCCAUUCAAUUUGUUGUGAGUGCCUUGAAAACUGAUCUUCCUAUCUGAGUCUCUCGAGACAAAAUGCAAAACAUUUUUGUGAAACAUAAAAAAGACUUUCUAAAAAUAGUAAUACAAGAAAAGUACAUUUCUUUAAAAAACAAAAACAAAAAACAAAAAAACAAAAAGCCACAUUUACUUAUAAAAUUCCUGUUUGAAGAUAGUGGACACAUUAUUGCCAUAAGACCCAAUCUAAUGAAGAUGUUUACCCAGCACAACUUUGAACGUUCUCUGGCUGAUUUAUUGUCAGCUUUUUUCUUUUCAGGACAACGCUGCUUAGAAAACGGAAUGAAAAUUAUUUACUGCUGAAUUGAAAAAUGAAAUGACACAACUUACCAGUUAUCGUUGAAUGGAAAAAAAAAAAACAAUUCAGGAACAAUGGCUAAUUUUUUUUUAUUGUUAAAUUUAGUGCACUCUGUCUUAAAAUAAGUUUACAGUAUUCAAUACGUACAAGGGUAAAAAAAUAUAAUUGUGUGUAUGUGUGUUUGGACGAACUUUUCUUUUCAAAGUUUGCUUAAUAGGUUAUAAAAUGCCAUAAUGGCCAUGUGUAUAUUGUUUUUCUUUUGGUGACGGGGGUUUUAGUAUAUAUGAUAUAUAUUAAAAUUUCUUGAUUACUGUAAAAGUGGACAAGUAUUUGUAAUAAUUCAGAAUGCCUGGGCAUUUUACAAAACCAGAAAAAAAAAAAAUCCUUGAAAAUGUUGCAGUAAAAUUUAAAUGGUGGGUCUAUAAAUUUGUUCUUGUCACUGUAAUUGUAAAGUCUAAGUUUUAGUAUUUUUUUUUUUUUCUGCUUUGGGUGUUGAAUUUAUUUUAUUUUUUUGACAUGUAUAGAAACUUGUAUUUGGGGAUUAAAAAGGUGAUUGCUACACCAUGUAGAAAAAGUAAGUAGAAAAAAAAGUGCUUAAUAUUGUUAUUGCUUUGCAGAAAAAAAAAAACACAUUUCUGACCUGUGCUUAUUUACUUUCCUCUUCCCCCUCUGGAAUGGAUAUUGAUAUUGAUUGGUUCACAUAAUGUAGGCACUUGCUGUAUUUUUACUGGAGCUUGUAAUUUUUUAACUGUACGCUUGUCCUUUUAAAAGGAUUAAUUGUACCUUUUUGCUAGUGAAUUUGAAAAAAAAAAAGGAAUUGUGCUGCCAUAAUAUAUUUUUUGAAUUUGGCAGGAUAAAAUAUUGCAAAAAAAAAAGGGAAGAAAAACAGAAAACCAAUCAUUUGUAAUUUAAGUCCUACUGUACAGAAAAAAGGAGGUUGUUUAACAACAUCCAGGUUAAUGAAACAAAACAGAUUUCUUAAAUGUUUUGUUCACUGGUAAUUUAAGUUGUACAUUUUCUGUCAUUAUUGGCCUAUAAAAUAAAGUACUGUUCGUACAGGGAUGUAACACCCCACCCCUUGGGUGCCUGGACCUUGUAUCAAGGCCUUAGCAGGUAUGGACUGAUUGGUACUAGUUACACUUGUAAAAUAAUAUCAGUUUUUGUAUAAAUACUAUGAGAACAUUCCAUGUAUGCUCGUGAAUAUUCCAGGAACCUCUUAUAGAGUGAGAAAUUCUCCGCAGUCCCACCGGUAUCUGUUGAACCCACUGUACAAAACAAAAAGUGAUUUUUUUUUCUGUUGAUACAGAUGCAAUUGUGUUCAUAAAUUCAGUGGUCCAGGCCCGGUCAUCCCAUCCCUUGUUAGAACAGGACCUAUUCUGAACACAGGUCUUGCCAGUUCAUAUCAUAUCGGCUUUGCUCUCCAUUCCUUUUUGUACAUUCCAUAAAAUGCUGAAUGUGUGAUGGGCUGAGAUGAAAUGUUGUAUAAAUGCAAACACAAAGUGGCUCCAACUGCAUAUCUAUCGUUUUCUAGUGCAUUAUGGGAAUUCUGAACUUCAUGCCUUCUUCCUAUUAUUAUUAUUAUGAUGAGGAUGACAGCUUGUCCUAAAGACAGUGCUUUGCAUCUUCAGGCAUCUCUGUGGCCAAUUCUAAUUUUGAUUAUAUGCCAUAAAUGUUUGUUUGAAGUAAAUAUCACCAGCAGAUCUGGGUAACCUCUUUUUUUUCGCCAAUACGGUUUGCAAUUAAGUGAAGCCCUGCAGCACUCUAGAGGUUAAUGAUAUGCAUCUUAUUAGCUAUUCACAGAACAAGAUAAAUAAGCACAAUGUAAUGUUUUGGCUGUGCACAGAAUGAAAAAAGUCUACUCUUUAAAACAUUGACCACAAGCACAAUAUGUAAGCUGCUCUUUAUUUUAUGUCCACCCUUCCCUACACUCUGGUUCUCUGUGGUCAUCAGUAUUUCAUCCCAGUCCAUUAUAAAAGACAGUCCAUGACAUUGUUCAUUGCAGCAGCCUCAUCAUUAUGGUGCUCUAUGUAUUUUAGAACUGCAAAGCAAAAUGUCACUUAAUUUGUUUGCAUUUGUAUGGCAAGGCAAAAUAUUUUUUAUUACCUUUUUCUAUUAUUGUAUGAGCUUUUGUUGUUUACUUGGAGGUUUUUGUCUUUUACUACAAGUUUGGAACUAUUUAUUAUUGCUUGGUAUUUGUGCUCUGUUUAAAAAACAAGGGCACUUUUUUAAUUAUGGAUAAAAUGUUGGGACGGCUAGAGGUCAUUUCAACAUGGCUUAGUGAAAUAUUUAUUGUUUUUCUUAUUUUCUCUGUACAAGAUUAUGGCCUCUUCAUUUUAUCUUAUUGUCACAAUGUUGAGUUCAGCAUGUGUCUGCCAUUUCAUUUGUUCGCUCGUUUAAAACAAGGCUUGUUCCAGUUUUCAAGUUAUUACAAAAAGAAAACGAAAAAAAAAAAAAAAGAUAAUAAAUUGGACAUUUAACUUGA